AAUUGAUGCUGUCAACAGGAGGCAGCACUUCCUAGAAGCAAGUAUGAGGAGGAUGUUUACAUUAACAACCACACUACUGUUUGGGGCUCAUGGUGGAGGGACCACCAAUGGGGCUAUAAGUGCUGCAAGCAGACCAUACGUAAUAGCUAUUGCACUGGUGCUGCUGGUAUAGAGGCUGCUGAGGCUGCAAGUGAUCUUAUGAAGGCUAAUAUUGCCCGUAAGGAGGCUGCUGCAGAGGAUCCUACACCUACAGAGGAGAAAAAGCUUGCUACAUGGGGAACUGAUGUCCCUGAUGAUAUAGUCCUGGAUGACAAGUUGCUAGCUGAGGCCCUCAAAAAGGAGGAUCAAAGGAAAAGAGAAGAGAAAGAUGAGAGGAAGCGUAAAUAUAAUGUCAGAUGGAAUGAUGAGGUUACUGCUGAGGAUAUGGAGGCAUACAGGAUGAAGAGAGUACACCAUGAUGAUCCAAUGAAAGACUUCCUACACUGAACGUGCAGAGGG